CAACAAGACAAUGACCGAGAUUGCGGUGUAUACGUCAUGAAGUACAUGGAGGCUGUGGCCAAUGAGGAAGAAGUAGUUGAUGAGUUUCACCCGGUUGAGGCACGUUUGGAAAUCGCUGCGAGGAUCAUAACUGAUGAACAAAAUGAAAUUCGUACCAAAGUGGUUGAAGAUCGUAGGGCUGCACAAGGCAGCUCAUUUGCAUCAUCCUCGGCCCCUUUGCGUAGUCCGUCAAAGUCUCCACGCGAUCCUCGGUUCAGUACAGCGAAGUCUCGCCAUGCAAACAUGUUUCCCCCGUCAAGAGCCUCCCCUAGGUUUCAGUCUAGCAAGACUAAGAUUUCAUAUGGUGAAUAGUCUGUAAAAAACACUUGUGUUAUUAAUAGGUUGUGUUAUUAGUGUGUUGUGUAGUUUGGAUUUGGGAGCAUAGGUUGUGUUAUUUGUGUGUUGUUUAGUUUGGAUUUGGGAGCAUUUGGAUUUAGACAUCUGUUUUUAUUAGUUGACGUUUGGAA